AUGUCGGUAGACCCAAUCACAUGUCACAUAUUGGAUACCACGAGAGGCAGGCCUGCUCUGGGAGUAACAUGCUCGAUCUACUACAUUGGUCCACUGGUUACUGACAAGAGUGAUGAUAAGAGUUACGAUCUAGCUAGCACAGAACCAUUUGCAAUGAACAAGACUGAUCAGGAUGGAAGAAUUAAAGACUGGGUCUUCAACCCAAAUGUCAACAAUUCAGACAUUGGAAUUAAUAGUAGCAAGUGGGAUAAAUUGGUGCCUGGUAUAUACAAGAUCAAAUUCUUGACUGGCAAGUACUUCCAUGAAUUGAGUGAUACUUCAAGGACAUUCUUCCCGUUUGUUGAAAUCAUAUUCACUAUCGACAAUCCCCCAGACAACCACUAUCAUAUACCUUUGCUAUUGGCGAACCACAGCUAUACUACCUACAGAGGCUCUUGA